ACGCAGUUAAAACCAUUAUGGAUAGCUGCAAUUUCUAACAUUCAGCCGUUUUGUCUUCUUCCCGAACAGAUAGAUAUACUCCGUACGAAAGACGCUUCCACCGGCGAGCCAAAGUUCGUCGUUUGAUACCGCUUGCGUUUGUUGGUUUCAUUGUCUUCUGCACACAACUCUCCAGAUUUGCCGAUAAAGUUGAGUUACUGAAUGGAGCAGCCUUUCCACAACCACCACCAAAGGUACGUUUACCAUCCUCCCAGCUUUCCCGAUUCCCCUAAUUGCUUUCACCGCCCGCCGCCACCCCCGCCGCCUCAUCCCAACCUCCAUCCCCCACUGCCUCCAUCUCACCAUUACCAUCACCCCCUCCCUCCCUACACCCUUCCAUUCCAUUCUGUUCCCCAUCCUGAAAACCCCCGAUUCUUGGAUUAUAUUCACAAUCGCGAUUCCUCGCCGACACCACACCCCAUGCGAACCCUAGAUCCUUGGGCCGAUGUGGGCCCUAGGUUGCCACUUCAUCAACCCCCUCGUCACCAUCAGCCCUCUUUUUUGCUGCCCCUUGAUGAUCAGAAUGAUAAUUAUGGGUUCGCGAGAGAUGAGUUUUUCAUCCCGAAGAAUGGGUUCAGAGGCGACCAAGAAAGGAUUUGGGGCCGUCAGGAUACAGAGCUUGAUAAUGUUGAUGUGUUCAGAUUCAAUAGGGAGAGACCAAUCCAACAUAGACUUGAUAUCAGGGACGAUAGAGAAGACCUCAGGUGGGGCUAUGAAGAUGUUACUGAUGUUAUGGACUCCUCGUCCAGAAGAAGGUUGUCCUCAGAUAAUGGUUAUGCUUUUGACCACAAAAGGCUUAGCAAUAGGGUAAGAGAUGGUAUAGAAGAGUUGCAUAGGUCACCUAGGAAGAAGAACGCACAGAAGAGGAGUGCACCCCAUACAAUUCCAUUAGGAAAGGCUAACCAUAGGACUAGAAAUCAAGACUGGCAUUCCUCUAAUGGAUACGUUGAUAAUUCAAGUGUAGCUGGCUCAAGGGGGAAUUUGAGAGAAGGCAUUGCACGGUCUGGGAAAAGAGAGGAGGAGAGGGAGAACAGUCCAGUGGAGCUUGAUGUUUCAUUUAAAUCUAAUGCACUUGUGGCAAAGGCUAUUGUGGCUCCCUCAAGCCCAGUAGUUGAUACAGGUAAAAAUGGUACUCCUAGAGCUCGGAAGAUUAGGAGACUUAAGAUGCCUGACACUGCACAGUCAAAGCUGAGUGAAAAAUUGGGAAAGCUUGAAAAUUCAGCAAAUGGGUUAGAUUGUCCAUUAAGUUCUGGGCCUUCUGGUAGUGAGAAGGAAACUGAUAUUGCCAGCAAUACAUGUACUCCUUCUAAGGAACAGGUACAUGAUCAGGUCACAUAUGGUGUUCAAAAUGAUAAAACACCUUUGCGAAAAAAUCGAUGCAAGAAGAAAGUUAUGGCCUAUGUCAUGAAGAAAAAUAGUUUUCUGGAUAAAGGGGAUAGUGCUAAUCUGGUUAUUGGUGCGGACAUAUCUGUAGAUAAGUUGUCAGUCUCUGAAUUGAAUGGGGAUUCCUUACGUGCAGAUGAGAGAAUUGCGUCUGAUGGUAUGAAACAAGUGCAGGAUUCUUUUUCAUCGCAUCAUUUGACUGAAGAACUAGCCAUUGACAAGAUCUAUGAACCUCUAGAACCUGUUGUCUCUGGUUCAGAUGCUUCUAAAAAUGACUCUAGUAGCCUAUUUAAGUCAAAGAGAAAAAGGAACUGUUUGUCUGUGAUCUCUGUUUCUGAGAGCCUGGUGGACCCUGAGAUUAAAGAACAUACUUUUCCUGAGAGCAAAUUACUUGAAAACUGUCAACUGCUUGAUUCUGAGACAUGCAUAAUUGAACCACAGACGACAGUCACUAGCUCAAUUAUUGAUAAGGAAACUAAAGGGCAGCAUUUUCAGAAUCAUGCUUCAAUGCUUAAGACAAAUCUUGUUCCAGAUUCGAAUGGGCAUAUGCUUUCAAUAGGAAAUUUUGGUCUUGCACACUCCUCAUACUCAGAUGAAACUAUUAUUCAUAAGGGUGGCAUGUGCAUACGCUCUUCAACUGAAGAUGCAUGUGCUGAAAGGACUGAAAACAUUGUUGCUGAGGGGGGAUCCUUGUAUGCAGGUUCUGAGCAAUCCUUUGACAAUACUUCGACUGUUCCUGACACAGAUGCAAUACCCAAUGGACCUCGGGAUAGUGAUCUGUUGGUCCGAGAUAUUAGUAAUGUCAGUUCACUAAAUAAGGAGGAAGGGUUCUUAAGUGCGAGUAUCUCCAACCCGUGUUCCAGUAGCAGGGUAAUUUCUGAUAAUGGUUGUCCUUGUACGGACAAGAAAGCUCUUCCUGAAAGUUGUUUCCCUAAUAUUAUUGAUAGAGUAGCCGGGCCCCAUCGUGAUGCCUCUCCUAUUCCAUUGCUUUGUGUUGAGGAUCAUCACGACCCGUGUCUGGGCAAGGAAUAUUCACCUGAGAUGAAAAUAAAGAGGAAAGUAAGUGAGAUGCUGUCGAAAUCCUCCUGUCUGAGGACAAGUGAGGACCCUUGUAGGUCUAUGGUUUUGAGUUUGGGUAUGAAUCAUGCCUCUAAUGAAAGUAAUGUUACGGCUCCCGGAAAUGGAGAUUGCUCUUUGGAUGGAGGCCAGUCACUUCAAGAGUGUCCACAGAAUGAUCUUUCAGUUCAAGGGGAUCUUGAAACUGGUUCAAUUGUAACAUCUCCCAGGAAUUUGAAGAAAAGGAAGAUCUCCUCCCCUACAAUGGGUCACUCUAUUCUUUAUGAGUCUCUUGAAAUGAUUGAUGAAGCUAAUAUGUCAGCACCAGGGCUUUCCAAUGGUGGCAAUGCUGUAACACACACAUUGUCUCAAGCACUAGAUAAUUGUUGUGCUGCUCUGCCACCGUGUGCAAGACCGAUGGAAAAUUUAAAUGAGAAGAGUACUACCAGUGGAUCAUUUCAGGCUGAGUCUACCCAGGUUGGCCCUCCAGAGGUUUUGUCAGAUCUAGAGCAUGUUCCAUCUUUCCCAUCCCAUAUGCUAGCUAGUGAAAAAGAAGCUACUGCAGCUGUUUUAAGGAGCGGUGAUCAAAAUGGUAUACUGGAUAGGGCAAGUAGGAUAUGUGGGCUAACAUCUUUGGAUGAUAUGGUACCAACUGAAGGAGAUAGUGAAAGCCAUGAUGGUUUGCCUGCUUCAAACUUCAGUGCGGAAAUAAAAAGUUGCAUUUUCGACAUGUCACCUUUAAAUUCAUCAUCUUGUCAAGUAUCAAAUGGAGUUCUCUCUCAAGUAAACCGAAAUGUGACCGAAGCUUCAGUUUCUACGGUUGAUACAAUACCUUUAUCUGGCAAAAACUCUCCAGAUAAAUCUAAAGCUGAUAGUGACGCAGUUAAUGAAAACCUAUCAUUGAACAAAAGACCACCUUUGUGCCCGGUCAGUGGCAACCUACCAAUAAUAUCUAGGAGGCCAUCUUCCUUGCCAGAUGCUUGUGAACCUCUGCAAACUUUGAAAUAUGUGCCAAUUAAGUCAAAUUUUAAAAAGAGCAAGAUGAGCUCUGUGGUCCUCAGGGGUUCCUGUAGUAGUUCAGCUGUAAGCUUUAUGACUCCAAAGAGAGCUGACUUAUCCAAACAUGCUGCAAAGUCACGGACUUGGCAUCGAACUAGUAAUUCCUCAUCUGCCCCAUGUUUUGGGCCUCAAGUUACCUCUAUUCGCCCACAGAACCAAAGACAGAGUGAGGUAACAGGCAUUCACAAUUCUUACAUCCGCAAGGGUAACACUCUUGUAAGAAAUUAUUCAUAUGUUGGCAAUGUGGCACCUGGAUUCCAUGCUUCUAGUUCCUCUGUUUAUAGAUUGAGCUCUUCAAAUGUAAAGGAUGCUAAGAAGUUCAAAAGUGAUAAUGUGGUAGAAAUUACUGAUCAAUCAAGUUGCUUGAAACCCUUCGAGCCCAAUAGUGCUUUUCCUCAGAGUCUCAACAGUGAAUUGUUAAAUUCAACUGGUAACAUCUUAGGCAACCCAGCAUCUUUGCCAGGAGCGGAUAAGUCUGGGAGUUGCAGUCUUGGUAUAGAAGUAGUGACAGGUGUAACAAGUGUGCAUAGACAUUCUGAAGAUGCUCUCAAAAUAUAUCAGUGUCAAUCUGAUCCAAUCAACAAAUUAGAGAGUGAGAACACAUCAAGUGAAGGGAAGUCGAGAGAACAGACGUUUUAUUCGGAGCAAAGAUCACACCAGCUUGUUGCAGCUCCAGAUGCAACCCCAACAUCAUCUUCUGAUGGCUAUUAUAAAAUGAGAAAUAAUCAGCUGGUUCGAACAAUUACGGAAAACCAUGUCAAUCCGAAAGUUGCUGCGAAUGGUGAUAGCAUAAACCCAAAGAGGCAGGGGGCUGAGAAGGCUGUCCCCAAGAAGCGUUCUGGUUCACCAGAUGCAUAUAAAAGUUCCAAGUUCUCAUUAGUAUGGACAUUAAGUGGUUCAAAAUCAUCAAGGGGAGAUGGUAAACCUAUAACUAUUAAUCAUAAAGUCCAGCCCUACUGGUGUUCGUGGAAAAGGUAUACAAAUUUGAGGAGUUUCACUCAUGGUUUAGCCUCUGUUCGGAAUGUUGGUGCUAUGUCUACAAUCAGUCGCAAGCUGCUGCUCUCAAGAAAGAGACAUACCGUUUACACUAGAUCGGCUAAUGGACAUUCUCUGCGAAGGUCCAAAGUAUUAAGCGUUGGCGGCACAAGCUUGAAGUGGUCAAAAUCUAUUGAGAGGAACUCAAAAAAAGCUGAUCAGGAAGCUACAUUAGCUGUUGCUGCUGCAGAGAAGACGAAAAGGGGCCAAAACAUUAUUGCCACUUCUAAUUCGAAGAGCAGAAAUAGUGUUUCCCGUAAGUCUUAUAACGUUACACUUCUUCCAGGAGAGCGGAUCUUCCGUAUUGGUUCAGAACGUUACAAAAUGGACCCGUCAGGGAAAACUCUUCAAAGGAUAUCAAGUGAUGAAGAACCAGAAGAGAGUAUUCUUCGAUCAGAGAGUAAUGUAAUGACAUCAUACAUUCCAAGGAGAUUGCUGAUUGGCAAUGAUGAAUAUGUACGUCUUGGAAGUGGUAAUAAGUUGGUCAGAAAUCCAAAAAGAAGAGUCCGCAUCUUGGCAAAUCAGAAAGUUCGUUGGAGCUUGCACACUGCUAGGUUGCGGCUGGCUAAGAAGAGCACGUAUUGCCAAUUUUUCACCAGGUUUGGUAAAUGUAACAAGGAUAAUAGAAAAUGUCCUUACAUCCAUGACCCCUCUAAAAUCGCAGUGUGCACCAAGUUUUUGAGUGGUUCAUGCUCCAAUCCUGAUUGCAAGUUAACCCAUAAGGUCAUUCCUGAGAGAAUGCAAGAUUGCUCUUAUUUUCAGCAAGGAUUAUGCUCUAAUGAGAAUUGUCCUUAUAGACAUGUAAAUGUGAAUCCCAAUUCAUCUGUCUGUGAAGGUUUUCUCAGGGGUUACUGUUCUGAUGGAGAUGAGUGCCAGAGGAAACACAGUUAUGUAUGCCCUAGUUUUGAAGCAACUGGAGAUUGCCCUCAAGGUUCCAAGUGCAAACUUCACCACCCGAAAAUCAAAAGUAAGAGAAGAAAAUGGAGAGGAGCUUCUUCCAAUGAAAAGAAGAACGACCUGGGUCGUUAUUUUGGUUCUCCACAUAUUGACCUCGCUGAGUGCGUACAAGCCUUAUCAGGCAAGCCUUCUGUGGAGGGUGAUGAAGGAGAUUCUUUUUUCAAACAAGGGAGGUCCGUUGAGUAUAUUAGCUUAGGUGUUGUUGACAGUGUUAAGGAAGGUGAAGAUAUGAUGGUCAUUGAUCAGGUUAAUGAGGAAACAUGUGAGGGGGAGGGUGGUGUCUGUUCACCUUUUUCUCAAAUAGUCGAUUUUGAUGAGCUCAUCAAGCCCAUUCGGCUACUCAAUCAGGGGAGUAACAGAAUGAGAGAUUCCUCCAUUGACAGCCCGAGUGAGUUGAGCGUAAGUUAUGUUUCAGAAGAGUCUCAUUGUUGUAAGUGAAGGCUUUAGUUUUUUUGUAUUUAGGUUUAGUUUUCAGAACAAUUAUUUUGUUUGUAGAAUUGUAGGUAGGUUUAGUUAGUAUUUAGGUCUAGGUUUUAGGGUUAGGUCAAGGUUUGGUUGAGCAUUUUUGUCAACUUGUCAUUUGAAUCAAGACAAAACAAUAUUAUUGGUUAUUCUUAGUGAGCCCAAUCUCAUUUUUACCUGUA